CGGGCUGGUGACAAGCUGUAUACGGUAGGUACUCACUAUCAGCUGCUGAAGCUGUGGUGCGCCCUGCUGUAACGCUGAGGAGAAUCCUGAUCAGUGCAGGAACUCCUCAGCAGCAUCUGCUGUGCUCCGAUUGGCUGAGUGACACAUCACACACAGUCACUCAGCCAAUCAGAGCACAGACACCCCCCACCCACACACAGACCAGCAACUACUCGGGCAGCAGGCUGAAGAAUGAAUGAUAUUGCAGCCAGGAACUCAACACAGGAGAGAUGCUGGCAGAAAAUGGUGUUGGUUCUGUUGUGAAAAGACUUAUACAGUAAUAGAGGAGUCUAUUCAUGAAGCAGUGAAAAGAGUGGAGAAGUGAGCCAGCGGAGAAGUUGCCCAUGGUAACCAAUCAGUGUGAGGAUGGACGACUGACCCUUGGUCCAGAAAAUAAUCUUGUGUCUCUUCCUAAUUUAAAUUUAAUGAAACGUCACGGGGCUGUGUUUCUGAAUGCGUAUACAAACUCCCCUAUAUGUUGUCCAUCUCGUGCAGCAAUGUGGAGCGGUCUGUACCCUCAUCUGACAGAAUCCUGGAAUAAUCACAAGUGCCUAGAUCCGGAUUACCCAACAUGGAUGGAUCAUGUGAAAGCAAAGGGAUAUGUCACUCAGAAGCUCGGUAAACAAGACUAUAGAAGUGGAUCUCACUCACUGAGUAACCGUGUGGAAGCCUGGACCAGGGAUGUGCCAUUUCUGCUCAGACAAGAAGGCAGGCCCUUGGCAAAUCUCACUGCAAACAAGACUCAAGUUUGCAUAAUGCAGGAGGACUGGAAGAAUGCAGAUCUAGCAACCAGCUGGUUAAGACAACAGGCCAGGAAUUCCUCACAACCCUUUUUUCUAUAUUUGGGAUUAAAUUUGCCACACCCUUAUCCUACAGAAUGUAUGGGAGAGAAUUUUGGAUCAUCAACAUUUUUAACAUCUCCUUACUGGCUCCAAAGGGUUUCGUAUAAAAAUGUUACCAUUCCUGUAUGGUUACCAUUAAAAAGCAUGCAUCCAGUGGACUACUAUUCAUCCUAUACCAAGAACUGCACUGGACAUUUCACAGAUCAGGAGAUCCUCAAUAUAAGAGCGUAUUAUUAUGCCAUGUGUGCAGAAGCAGAUGGUAUAAUGGGUGAGAUCAUUUCAGCACUCACUGACACUGGACUUUUAAAUUCUACGUAUGUGUUGUUCACAUCAGACCAUGGAGAACUUGCUAUGGAACAUAGACAGUUUUACAAGAUGAGCAUGUACGAAGGAAGCUCCCACAUUCCACUUCUAAUAAUGGGACCCAAUAUAAAACCUGGGCAAAGAAUAUCAAAUAUUGUCUCUCUGGUGGACCUUUACCCCACCAUGCUUGAAAUUGCUGGAGUUUCCAUUCCUCAAAACAUAAGCGGCUUCUCUCUAAUGCCAUUAUUAAGCCCAGUGUCAGAGAAUGAUAUAUUCCCAGGCUCUGACAUGCAUCCAAACUGGGCACUGAGUCAGUUUCAUGGAUCCGAUGCAAAUGCCUCAACCUACAUGCUAAGAGAAAAUGACUGGAAGUACAUUGCAUACGCAGAUGGUGAUUCAGUUCCUCCACAGCUGUUUGAUUUAUCAGUUGACCCGGAUGAACUAAGAAAUGUUGCAGUACUAUUUCCUGACACAGCCCGCUCUAUGGAUAAGAAGCUUCGCUCAAUUAUAGACUAUAAGGAUGUAUCUGCAUCUGUUCACCGAUACAACAAGGAGCAGUUUAUCAGCUGGAGAGCAAGUCUAGGACGUAAUUACACAAAUGUCAUUUCCAACCUGAGGUGGCAUGUAGACUGGAACAAGAGACCCAAAGCCUAUUCACUAGCAAUUGAUAGGUGGCUAGAGAGUGCAAAUAAUGACAUUCCUAUCACUAGAAUCCUUUCUGCCACAUAGCAUGUUCCGUGUAUUACUAAUAAUCACUAGUGUACAGUGCUUUGCUCACUAGAAGAAAUCUUGUUUGUAUCAUCAACUUGUCGUUAAGCCUUAUAAGCUACUUUUAAAGCAAGAAACUGGUUGGCUGUAGGUAUCUCAAGAUGUUAUAGUGUUACAUGUGGAGUGAUAGGGAAAUGUGUGGAUGUAUAUCAAAUAAUGGGGUAUCCAAUUACAGGUGAAAAUACAUCGGGCGCGAAAACCUGACGUUUUUCGUGUUUUUUUCCCAACGUUUCACCCGUAUGUUUUACAGGUUAUUCAAUUUGGUUGCCUGUAAAAAAAACAUUAUUUCCCAAAAAAACACACAGGUUCAGUGAAACCUGUUUGUUUCUGGGGAUUUGGUUUCACCUGAAGCAUGCGAAACAAAAUCCCCAAUAAGACGCCGUGAGUCACGGCUUUACUGGGCUAAUUGGAUAGCCUCCAGUGGGACAUUUACAACGGCUAAUUGAAUACCCCCAAUGUGGUUCAGUGUCCACAGUGACAGGAAAUGUAAAAAACCAAACAAAAAACAUUCUGUAGGUAGUUAAGACCUUUUACAAAGGGAAAAGGUGGUUGUUCCCCUGCGAAAAUGGUAUUUGACCAGCUUUGUCCUUUGACUUCUGCAAAUGCCUAUAUUUCUCCCAAAGGGGUAUAUUCAAUUAAAGUCGGAUUCAUUCCGACAUGUACUUGUCGGAAUGGAUCCGACAACCCCUAUUCAAUCCCAUCUUAAUUCGACUUUUUCAAGUCUAAUUUAGAUGGGACGCAGAGGAGGAGAAGGGGGGCGAGCUGCGUGGGGCUAGCCGGUGGGCAUACAGGGAGACCAGCAC